AGAAGGCGGAGGGCGCGCGAUGGCCGCUUGUGGCUCCAGCAGGCCGGUGGCGCGCUUCUGGGAGUGGGGCCGGACCAUCGUGUGCGUGGGGCGCAAUUACGCGGAGCACGCCCGGGAGAUGCAGGCGGCGCUGCCCGCCGAGCCCGUCUACUUCCUGAAGGCGGCCUCGGCCUACGUGCGGGAGGGCUCGCCCAUCGUGCGGCCCGCCUCCUGCCGGGAGCUGCACCACGAGGUGGAGCUGGGGGUGGUGGUGGGCAGCAGCGCGCUGGGGGUCCCCGAGGAGGCGGCCAUGGCGCACGUGGCCGGCUACGCCCUCUGCCUGGACAUGACGGCCCGCGACACCCAGGCGGCCUGCAAGAGGCAAGGGCUGCCCUGGACGCCGGCCAAGGCCUUCCGCACCUCCUGCCCGGUCAGCGACUUCAUCCCCAAGGAGAAGGUCCCCGACCCCCACCGCCUGCACCUCUGGCUCCGCGUCAACGGGCAGCUGCGCCAGGAGGGCAGCACCGCCGACAUGCUCUUCUCCGUCCCCUUCCUCCUCAGCUACAUCAGCAGGACCAUCGCGCUGGAGCCGGGGGACCUCCUCUUGACCGGCACCCCCAAAGGGGUGGCCUCCGUGCAGCCGGGCGACGAGAUCGAAGCCGGCAUCCAGGGCCUGGUGAGCAUGCGCUUCACAGUGGAAGAGCAGAAGUGACCUGGCCGCCAGAGAAAGAGGAUGCUGGCACAAGCUGGGCGACACAAGAGGCCGAGCACUUUGGAAGCCUGCAAGAACAGGGCCUGUUCUCCCCCACCCCAGGAUGGGGAGAUGAGCCCAGACUCCUCUCUCUGCCGCACCUUUCUUUGUGUAACCCAAGAAGAGAGAAUGUAGGAGCGGCUGCUGCUCACCUGCCCCUGUUUGAAUGAGCAAAGUUGAACAGUUUCACUGUCAAUAAUAAUAUCAAACCUCACUGUGGCCUUUCUUGAAAAUACAGCCAAACAAUGAAGGAAAUAUUACUUUCUGUCGUGUUAGCAUGCACACACUUGGAUGCCUUCUUAAACAGAGUAUGUUUGAAAGAUUACAUUAAAAUGUACGUAAAUAAAGAAUUUGAUGUAGAAAACACUUUGGCCAUGGUAUUAAAUAUGAUGGUAUAAAUGAAAACUUCCUUUUUCAGUCAUAAUAAAGAGUAGACUAUU